CAUGAUUCUGUGCUCAUUUUGUAUUCUGCUCAGAAAAUAAAGUUGAAAUAUUUAUCAGAUCUGAUAACAGGAAACAAUUGGAUUGUCAACAAAAAGAAUUGAUAUGUUUGAGAUAUUUUUGCUGCAAUCUUGUAUAUGAUUGGUGCCACAGAAAUAAAAAGUUCAAGAUAAGUGCAACACUCAACUCGCUACUCUAAAUUGCUGACAGAACUCUUUAAAGUCCUCUUGAUGACGUUUAUUUGCGCGAUUUUCGCUCUCCAGAAGACAAGUAUCUGAAAUCAUUCAAAAUGGACAUGAGCGACCACUCCCACACCUCUUCUGAUUCUACUUCUUCUACAGACACAAGCAUGGAUUCAAUGAUGAGCAUGUCUAUGGGCACAUUUCACUGGUCUUCUUCUGGAGACGCCAUCUUUUUUGACAGCUGGAUGCCUAAAUCUGAAUCAGCAUACAUCGGUACAUGCAUUGGUCUAUUCGUAUUCGCUAUUUUAUCGCGUGGAAUGAUGGCCAUCGAAACCUAUUUCGUUGCUUGGAUAUCUAUGCGUUUCAACAAAGUACACGAAAACGAUCGUGGCCUGAGCGAGGCACCGUUUGAUCUUACUGCAAAACACAAUGCUCAUCCAAAGGACUGUGGUAAUGAAGAAUCUGGCCAGUCUGAAUUGUCUCGAGCAUCAGUUAGCUAUUCCAUCAAACGUCCAGUAUACCCCUCUCGCCUUACAAUGCCUGUCGUUCCUCCUUUUGUCUGGCAUACCGAUACCGUUCGCAGCUUCCUCACAGCAUUCGCUUCAUUCAUCAACUAUCUUUUAAUGCUGGUUGUCAUGACUGGAAAUGGCGGCUACUUUAUUGUAGUCAUCGUUGGAAUCUUUGUUGGAGAAAUGGCAUUUGGACGAUUCCGAUCUCUCGGUGGUUUCAGAGACGACCAUUGCUCUUAAUUAACAUUUACGGAUCCUUGACAACAUAACGAUGUUCUAUUUCUUAAUAAUCUACCCUUACCUCCUAUAAUUACCCUUCCGCCUAUCCUAUUCAUAUCUAUGUACAUAUAUUCCCAAACUUAUCAUUUCUCUCAUCAAGUCAAAUACAAUUAUUAAAUCAGUUGAUUUUUUUUUCUAAUAUUAUAAAACAUUACUGUUUCUGC